UAGGCUAACAGGAAAAUCACCAUCCCAUUACAGUACCAGAGGGAGAGCUCGGAGGAACAGUAUUCCAUCGGGAAUCAGGAAAUCCUUAGGAGACUCCUCCCUGGUUUCCGAGAUUAUCCUGCGUUAUAGACCUAUUUUAGUGUCAGAUCCCACCGCUCAUCCUCCUGAAGCCUGGCCAUGGCUCAGGAGCAACCUGUUACCUAAUCUGUCAGCAGUGAGCGAGAUCGUACCAACCCUUGUCAAUUUCUGCUGAUUGGUUCCUUCACACUGACAUCGGGGGUGUUGUGACGGAACAUUGACAGCAACCCAAAUCUGGACUUUCUUUUAGUUCAGGCAGCUAUUGGAAGACCAAGGCUGCAGAUUUAGCUCCUUAGGGUGCCUGGUCAGUUAGAUCUAGUCGAUACUUCAGUUGCGUUUCUCAGGCUUGUGUCUUAGAGUUCCUGGCAACUUAGUUCCAGACCAUUCGUCGGUGCAUCGUUACAAGUUGACCUGCUGCGAAAUUCGUCGAUUUCUGUUUCACAGUAGCAGGCGCCAUGUCGGGCGCGGCGUCAGCCGUCUACAUCCUGGACAUGAAGGGGAGGGUUCUAAUAUGGAGGGAUUACCGUGGAGACGUCCCCGCAUCCGCUGCUGAGAAAUUUUUCAACAAGCUGAUGGAAGGCGAGGCUGACCCCUCCUCUCGGGAGCCGGUGAUCCUGGACAACGGAGUGACGUACCUCUUCAUCCAGCACAACAACGUGUACCUCAUGAUCGCCACCCGGCAGAACGCCAACGCCGCCAGUCUACUGCUCUUCCUCCACAAAGCCGUGGAGGUCUUUAAGUACUACUUCGACGAGCUGGAAGAGGAGUCUCUAAGAGACAACUUCGUCAUUGUGUACGAGCUACUGGACGAGAUUAUGGACUUCGGGUACCCUCAGUUCACAGAGGCGAAGAUUCUGAGCGAGUUCAUCAAGACGGACUCGUACCGCCUGGAGCUGUCGACGCCCAAGCCCAACAUCGCCGCCGUCACCAACGCCGUCUCGUGGCGUAGCGAGGGCAUCCGCUACAAGAAGAACGAGGUCUUCCUGGACGUUGUGGAGAGUGUGAACAUCCUGGUGAACAGUAAUGGUCAAGUGGUGCGGUCUGAAGUCGUGGGCGCUCUCAAGAUGCGGACAUACCUCAGUGGCAUGCCAGAGUGCAAGCUAGGGCUGAACGAUCGGGUGCUUCUUGAGGCUCAGGGCAGAGCGACCAAGGGCAAGGCGAUUGAUCUGGACGACAUUAAGUUCCACCAGUGUGUGCGUCUGGCGCGGUUUGAGAACGACCGAACCAUCUCCUUCAUUCCUCCCGAUGGGGCGUUUGACCUGAUGACCUACCGACUCAGCACUCAGGUGAAGCCUCUAAUCUGGGUUGAAGCAAUGGUGGAGCGGCACUCGCGCAGCCGAGUGGAGUACAUGGUGAAGGCGCGGAGCCAGUUCAAGGAGCGGUCCACAGCCACGUCGGUGGAGAUCGAGCUGCCAGUGCCCAUGGACGCCAUCGACCCCGCUGCCCGCACCUCCAUGGGCACCGCCACGUACACGCCUGAGCGCGAGGCCAUCCUGUGGAAGAUCAAAUCUUUUCCGGGAGGCAAGGAGUACCUGCUGCGAGCCCGCUUCAGCCUGCCCAGCGUGGCAGCAGAGGAUGAUGCAGCAGAAAAGAAGGCCCCGAUUCGUGUGAAAUUCGAGAUACCCUACUUCACAGUCUCCGGCAUUCAGGUGCGUUAUCUCAAGAUCAUUGAGAAGAGCGGUUACCAAGCAUUGCCGUGGGUGCGUUACAUCACUAUGGCUGGCGAAUAUGAGCUGCGUAUGAUAUGAAUGUGAACAUGGCUACCUAAAUCAUCUGACAAGACAAAGAUCCUCAUCCCAUGCAUCAUUGGCGUAAUCACUUUAUUUAGCACUGCUCACUGCAUUGUCCUCGUCACUAGAGUUUUCUACAAUUGUUCAUACUACGAUUCUUUAGAUGGUAUUGGUGUGGCAAUUGUUCAUACAAUGAUUCCUUAGAUGGUCCUGGUGGGGC